AUUAUGCGUAACAUUCAUUGCGUAACUGCAUUAAACUGGGUGGAACGAUUUGUCGAACUUCGCGGUUUGCAGAAAUUAAUGGAGGUAGCCAGUGAAAUGGAGGAAUACAAAUGUGAAUCUUCGAUGGACAUUACGUUUUCCACCCGAGCUAUAAUCAGUGUGUGUUUAGCAGAAAUAUAUAAAAACGUGUACUAUGAUGCUGCUAAGGAAAAAUUUACCAACACCAUUAAUGAAUUUAUUAAAGAUAAAUUGCUUUCGCCUAGUACAGAAUCCAAGGUGCGUGUAGUAGUUGUAUUAACAACCUUAAUAUUUGGCCCGAUAGAAAUUGCAGAUGCAAUUAUCUUUAAAGAAGGGAUGGUUGAGAUGAUACUCGCUAUGGCGGAAACCGACGAUGUAUUGCAAGAGAAAGUGGUCUGCGAAUGUAUUGUUGCAGCUAUGACCAAAUAUAAGGAGGCUAAUGUGUUUAUAUGUCGAGGUGUAAAUAUAUUGGAGAAACUGUAUCAAUCUGAGGAUGAUUCAAUUCGGGUUCGAGCAUUAGUGGGUUUGUGCAAGUUGAACAGAUUCGAAGCGAGCACACGCGGUUGCACGACUAUCGAACUCUUCCCGCGUGGAGCGACGAAGGAAUUGGCCAUGGUUUGCAACCGAUUCUUGAUCAAUCCCACGAAAGAAGAUAUGAGAAAAUGGGCCAUUAAAGGCCUAUCGUAUCUCACUUCCGAUACCGAGGUUAAAGAGAAAUUGAUCGAAGAUCAACGUUCGUUCAAGCGCGUUGUUCAAGCAAUGAUCGAGCUUGCCAAAACUAACGAUCAAUCAGUACUCUACGCUGUGGUCACGACGUUGGUGAAUUUGUGCAACGCUUAUGACGAUGAAGAACUCAUACCUGAGAUGAAAGAAUUGCUAACGUUUGCCUUGUCUCGUCGUUUUCUCGUGCGACACGGGAAACUAAAUAGCAUUAAAUUCGUGAGUAACAGACGGUGCGCCUUAGCGAAGGCCGGUGUGACGAGCGCUCUGGUAAACCUCGCCAAAACAGACAGCAAGAACUGCAAGGAACUGAUAGCCCGCGUUUUCAACGCGAUAUGUAGUGUAGAGGAAUCGAGAGAAAUGGUUGUUGAACAAGGCGGCACGAAGGCAUUGUUGUCGUUAGCACUAGAUGGCACAGACAAUGGAAAGAAGGAAGCCUCGCAAGCUCUGGUUCGUUUAGGGCUAACGAUACGUCCUGAGGUUGCAUUUCCUGGUCAGAUAAUCAUGGACGUUAUUCGGCCAAUCAUGAACUUUUUGAACCCAGAGUGUUCCAUUUGGGAUCAUGCGACUCUGUUAGUUUUGUGCAAACUUGCUAGUGUCAACGACAACAUGCGAGAACAUAUAUUCAAGGAAGAAGUAUUUCAGAAGAUCGAGGGCUUCCUGUAUAAGGAGGAUCACAAUUUGAGAUGUGCGUCUAUAACACUUAUAAACAUAUUAGUAUCAAACCGUGAAUUCGCUAUCCAAUAUUUCAAGCAGGACAAUUCUCGAGUUAAGUAUCUUAUGUUACUGUGCAAGGACGAGAAUCAAAAUGUUAGCAGAUCGGCAGCUUCAGCUCUAGCGUGGCUGACGGCAGCCAAUGAAGAGGCUUGCAAGAAAGUUUUUGAUUCGAAUACCUGGCUAGAAUCCCUACGCUUUUUACUCAUUAAUCCAUACUGUGACAUACGAGAAAGGGGUAUUAUAAUUGUGAUAAAUAUGAUGAGAAGCGCGAUAGACGUUGCUGCAAAACUUAUGGAAACAGACAUAAUGGAACUACUGAGGGCCUUGAGUAAGAAUGAUACCGUGCAAAACAAGGAAUUGGCAUUUAUUGCUUUAGAGGUUGCUGCGGAACGAGAACGUCGAGAAGCACUCCUCAACAUGAUAAGAUUGGGUUGUGAUAAAGCACGUCGAUCAGGACAAUUAGACCUUCUAAAAAUUAUGCAGUCGGAGUACAUGGCAAAAUGUUGGUCGCGCAACACCACGGAACUAUCAUCCACUGUCAUUGCCAUGUUCGGCAGUUUGCGCGAGGUGAGGUACUUCAUCAGACUUCAUGCGGUCUCAUGCACCGGAAGAGGUAGUUUACCAACAGGCUGGAACAACCAGCCCUAA